ACACACACACACACACACACGCUCACACAAGGGCGAGCGCUUACGCGCAAUCACGCGCACGCGUACACGCACCCACGCAUAGACCGGGUCUGUCGAGCCGGCCGCUGUUCUCGCAGCCCAGCGUCCCUAGAAUCGAGGCGCCUUGCAAUGAUCUCGCCGCAGCUGAAUUUGGAUGUUUUGACGCGGGACCUGUCUCAUUAUCUGGAAAACCAAGUGAAAGUUGGUCUUCUGGGCUCGGGAGUGGGGCUGUCUCUAGUGCUCGGUUUCAGCGCGGCGUACACCUGCUACUACCUCAUCUCGGUGGCCAAGAAGCCGCAGCUCAUUUCAGGAGGCAAGAAGUUCUACCAGUUCCUGCACGAGCAAUGCCCCAUCGUGUCGGAAACCUACUACCCCACCUUUUGGUGCUGGGAGAGCCGCAUCCAAACGCUGCUCAGACCCUUUGUCACGGCCAAGCCUGGAGUGGCCUACAGGAAUGAGCUUAUUAAGGCGGCAGAUGGAGGACAGAUCUCCUUGGACUGGUUCGACAACGAUGACAGCCUUGCUCAUCCUGACCCCGCCUCCAGACCCACCAUCCUCCUCCUCCCGGGGCUGACCGGCACCAGCCGAGAGUCCUACAUCCUGCACAUGGUCGAGCAGAGCCAGGAUCUGGGCUAUAGAGCGGUGGUUUUCAACAACAGAGGUGUGUCGGGGGAAACUCUGCUGACACCUAGGACCUACUGCGCCGCCAACACGGAAGACCUGGAGACCGUCAUCGAGUAUAUCCACACGACCUACCACAUGGCACCUAUCAUGGCGGCGGGAGUGUCCAUGGGCGGGAUGAUGCUGGCUAACUACUUGGGGCGCAAGGGCCAGGAGACGUGCCUGAGAGGGGUGGUGGUGUUCUCAGCCGGCUGGGACGUGUUUGAGUGCACGGCAUCGCUGGAAAAGCCUCUGGACCGCUUCCUCUUCAACUCCUACCUCACCAGCUGCCUGCAAGCCUCGGUGCACAGACACAGACCGGUGCUUGAAAAGUGUUACGACAUCGACCACGUUAUGAAGGCUAGGACCAUCCGAGAGUUUGACGAGAGAUUCACAUCCAUCAUGUUUGGCUACGCCACCAACGACGACUACUACCACGAUGCCAGUCCGGUCCACAGGCUGCAGUCUGUGCAGGUGCCCAUGCUGUGCCUCAACGCUGCUGACGACGUCUUUUCCCCGUCUCAUGCCAUCCCUGUGGAGGCAGUAAAGCAGAACCCCAACCUGGCCAUGCUCAUUACCUGCCACGGCGGCCAUAUUGGCUUCCUGGAGGGCCUGUGGCCAAGGCGGAGCACCUACAUGGACCGCGUCUUCCGCCAGUUCGCCCGCGCCGUCAUCGAGCAAGGCGGCCGACUCAAAGACCUCUCGUGAGAACGGAAUCAACCCCGCCCAGUCCUUUCUCGCCAAGCUGCAUUCCAUCCGUCCUUCCAUUCCCUCUCCAUCCCUCGAUUGACCUUCUUCCUCAUUCCUUCCAUCCCUUCCUCUUGCCACACGCAACAAAAAACAUUGUUCUGAUCUGAAGGGCACGUCCGAUUAGCUGCAGUCAUUUGAUUCAUGUAUUCCGCCAUACAAUCAUUGAUUGUGACACUGGAAAAAAAGGCUAAGUGUUUCGAACAUUGUUAAACAUGACAACACAUCCUUUUCACAUUCAACAGUAGGAUGUUAGCCCUCAGGGACUUUUUUUUUUGGUCUCUUUGAAUUAUUUUAAGGUGUCCGCUUUCAUUUGAAAGGACUUUUUGGGCGGAUUUUUUUUUUUUUUUCCAAAGCUAAAGCUAAAAACACAAGAUUGCUUUGUGGAUUGCACAAGGCUUAACUCCAUUUCAAUGCAUGUCAGCAACUUUGCACAAAUUCAUCGACCGUGUAC